AAUGUGCACACCUAUCUGUACUGCACAUUCAUGUCACUUGUAGUCACCAUAAAGAUUUUUAGUUUAUCCUUCUGUGGACACAAUGUCAUCAGUCAUUUCUACUGCGACUGCGUGCCCUUGCUGGUCUUACUGUGCUCCAAUACACAUGAAGUUGAACUGGUAAUUACUGCCUUUGCAGCUUUUGAUUUGAUUUCCACUCUUCUGGUGGUCCUCAUGUCCUACCUGCUCAUCCUCACAGCCAUUCUCAGGAUGAACUCUGCAGAGGGCAGGCGCAAGGCCUUCUCCACCUGUGGGUCCCACCUGACUGUGGUCACCGUGUUCUAUGGGACUUUGAUAUCUAUGUAUGUGCAGCCGGAGGCCCGUCACUCCAGUGACACUAACAAAAUGACGUCCAUAUUUUAUACCUUGAUCAUUCCAAUGUUGAAUCCAUUGAUCUACAGCCUAUGGAACAAAGAUGUGAAAUGUGCUCUUCAGAGGACCUUGAAAAGAUAA